GCACACUCACUCUGCUCAUUUCAAGAAACUAAAAAAGAAAAUAAAAAAACCCUAAAAUCACCAUAAACAAAAGCCAAAGAAACAAUCUUUGUAAGAGACAGACCAGGAAUUGUCUGGUUCCGUGGUCGUGACGGAGUCGGUGAACGGGAGGAGGAGAAGCCGAUGGACCAUUGGUUCUCAUUGACCUCCAAGUGCAGUGUCAGUGGUAGUGGUGAGAGUGGGAACUGGCAAGGGGAUGGCUGUUUCCAAAACGAAUCUAAUGUCGUGACGCUGAAUGAGGAAGACCUAUCCUACAUGUACGAUAAAGAAACAACCCCAAUUAAAGCUUGUGGGGAUUUUGCAUACAAUACGACUCACAGUGGAAAUAUGAACAAGGAACCAGAAGAACGAAAGGAGAAUUGUUUACAAGUAAAGAGGCGUAGGAUGCUACAGUUUGAUGCUCCAGUAGUGGAUCCUACCUUCCAGUAUGAAGAACUGUCAUCCACCUUUAUAAAAUCAAACGGGAGGGAGAACUUGGUUGAAGAUGUUUAUAAUGACAUGUCAGAGUGGGUUUCUACCUUUUCAGAAAAUGCGACUUCUUCUAGUGUUGAGGGCUUGGAUCUUUCAACCGAGGGGUGGAUUGCUGAAUGCUUUAAUGUUAAUGAUAAUGAGAUGCAUUUUAAUCCCACUGACAUGAAUUAUACUGGAGCAAAUGAUGUUGAAGUUGACAUAUCAGAGUUAUGUAAUUUUUCACCAGAGACUGAAGUUAACGUGGAUCAACGUCAUAUCAAGCAGACUCCUCCAAAUGUUGUAUUCAAAGGGAAGAAAUCUGUGACACACACCCCUAUUAAGUUAGCUGCUCCAGUUGCCUAUCCAUUUGCUUUCAUCAAACCGUGCGAGUUCCAAGGAGACACGACUCUGAAGGACAUAAACGAGCGGAUCCUCACUCCACCAUCGAAUUUAAAGCAAAAGAAUGAAGAUCCUCUUGACUACCCCACAUCGGUAUUUUCUGGGAAGCCUGUCGUUGGAAAGACUAAAAUUCACACCGACGGAGGAAGAGGUAGCAUCACAAUCAUGAGAACCAAAGGCUGACAGCUGACUAGAUGAGUGUUGUUCCGGUUUUUGCAGCCCUUUCAUGCCACCUCGUUGUUAGGGCGUUUUGUUUAUACAUGGUGGCUCAGUUGAAAAUCUUGCUUUCUAUUUCCCACCUACUUUCUUUUGGCCCCAUAAGUACCUUAAGAGUACUUCCAUUUUGAGUCUUGCGGUAUAUCCAGAACCUUUGUGAUGGAACCAUGCAUCUAGAAGUU